AUGAAACACACAUCAAAGCACCCAUUUAAUUAAAGUAAAACAUCUAUGAAUCAUUAUGAUGUAUAAUCUAUUGAAAAUAAAGAGAAUAGAGUAGCAAACAAAAUAUUAUCAAAUAUCGAAAGUAAGAUUUCUUUAGUAAGCAAAUUGAAAACUAAUGCAUUUGAAAAUCGCAAGAAGAUGAGUUAAGAAGCUAUAAAGGAAAAAGAAAAUAAUAGGAUUAAUUCAAACACUAAAAUAUAAUUUAAUUCUUAAACCAUGUUAAAAUAACCAUUCUGCAAAAUUACAAACAUCUUAGCACUUUAUACAGAAGAUAAAUAGGAGUUAUAAUCUAAUAAAACAAUCAAGAACCAAUUAGAUUUAAAUUAGUUAUGUAAUCAAGAAAUCUCUAUUGGAAAUUUUAAGUUAGAAUCCAUUUUGGGAUAAGGUUCUUUUGCAACAGUGAGAUUAUGUGUAGAGAAGAGCAGUAAAGUUAAAUAUGCAAUUAAAAUAUAUGAUAAAAGCAAAAUUAAUGACAAUUAAAAAAUGAAUAAUAUUAAAAGAGAAAUCUCAAUUCUUAAAAGAAUUAAACAUAAUAAUAUCAUUAAAUUAGUAUAUGCUAUUGAAGAUAAAAAAUCAAUAAAUUUAGUGAUGGAAUACAGUUCUAAUUAAUCCUUAGCCGUUUAUGUUAAAUCAAAACCUAAAAGACUUCUACCAAUCCAAGAGGGAUUAUACAUUUUUCAAUAACUGGCAAAUGCAAUAAGAUAUUUACAUAGCAAAAACAUUGCCCAUAGGGACAUUAAAAUGGAAAAUAUACUUCUCCUUACAGACAAUUAUGUAAAACUAAUAGAUUUUGGAUUUUCCAUAUGCAUAUAAGAUAAUUAAAAGGUCAAUGUAUUUUGUGGAACUCCAAGCUAUAUGUCUCCUGAAUUGGUUUCAAAACUACCUCAUAAUCCCUUAUGUUCAGAUAUAUGGUCAUUAGGGAUAUUGUUAUAUAGAAUUCUUUUUGGAGAAUAUCCAUUUAAAGGACAAAAUGAUAAGGAAUUGUAUAGAGCAAUACAAUAGAACAAGCUAAAGUUACCAAACGACAUGAAUUAAGAUAUUGCUUAUUUAAUUAAUGUUAGAGAUUUACAAUAGAAUAAAUUUUAAGCAAUCCUCUAUUUUAAUAAACUGUGA